GUACAAUCACUAUUCAAGUACCAGAUGUGGGUAACUGUGGUGAUGAUACAAAUCUAACAUGUCAGGUUACUGGUAAUAUUGGUACUAUAAGCUGGAUUGUAGGAGGGACGAGUAUUGUAAUAAAUGGAGGUGCUGUAGUACCAGAUGACCACAACAAAUAUACAGAAAGCAAGCAAGCAUCAUCGUUCACAUUGACAAUAAACAACACUGACAGUUCUGAUGAAGGAUAUUAUAAAUGUAGAAAUGGAUUUAAUGACAGUCAAGAUAAACAUUUAAAUAUACAGUGUAAAGCAUCAUCAGCUACACACAGCAUUACAAGAGGAAAGAAAGUACAGAUAACAGUUGAUAAACUCUAUCCUGCCUCACCAACACUGGCUGUUACAUUUAAAAGACAGAAUAAUGCCAUCCAGAUAUCAGGAUCUUCAGCAUGUUCAAGUAGUACACAGUAUACAGGCUACUAUAGAUGUGUGUGGACUUCUAGUAACUCUUUAAAUGAUGGGUCGUAUACAUACAACAUUGUUGUUACAACCAUCACACAAGCAACUCCACUAACAGGAUCAUUUAAAAUAGCUUCACCUACUACACCAUUGAUUUCAAAUGUUGUGCAGUUAAAUGCCACUCGUGAAGUUGUGUACGGAAAUGAAGGACAAUCUCUGACAAUACAAUGCACUUCAACUGGAGGAUAUCCCUCACCAACGGUAACCUGGUAUAAGAACAGCAUAUCUAGCUCUAUCCAGUUAGCCUCUACAAGUUCAGGAACGAUACAAAGUGACGGUACAUACACUGUCAACCUACAACAUACAUUUACACCUGCUACAUCAGAUGAUAGGAAAUAUUUGAUAUGUAGAUCCUACUAUCCUCAAGCUGAUAGUGCUCAAGUAGGAUCAAAUAACAAAUCAGUGCUACUUUACUUGUCAUUAAAGCCAAACCAGCCAACAGUUACACAGACAUCUGUUGUAUCAGGUAGUACUGUAACGGUAAGAUGUACAACAAACGGGUGUAGACCAGCAGCCAGUAUAUCCUGGUUAUAUCAAGGUGUAAGGUAUAGUGGCAGUACAACAAACACACCUGAUGCCGCAACAGAAACAUUUACAGUUGUCUCCACAUAUAAUAGACAGGUGACAGCUGCAGACAAUGGACAAAGUAUACGAUGUACAGUUACUCAUCCUGCAUUAGUGAGUCCAGCAUGGCUGAGCAAAUCAACAGAUCUUAAUGUCCAAUUUUCAGUUGGACCGUCCACGACACAGAUAAUAGGUAACAGAGAAGUCGUUGCUACAGGAUCUACAACAUUAACAUUGACUUGUACAACAGGAUCAUCAAACCCUGCGUCUGAUAUAACAUGGAGAAAUGGAUCACAUAUACUUAACAGCGAUCGUCAAUAUACGACAUCUACUGGAAUAAAUAAUGGAAUAGUGAGGUCACAACAACUUAUACUGUAUCCAACACGAUAUAUGGACGGUUAUGAUAUAACAUGUUCCGUGUCUAACAGUGUGUCACAGUCUCCUGUUGUGGAUAAAGUAAAACUCAAUUUGAAAUGUAAGUCAAAUGAUUGUUUGGUUAUAUUUAUACUUGAUAUUUGUACAAGACAUGCUUACUAA